GCUCCCAGCCGGUUAUGAUGACCAAUCAUCUGAUUGAGCUGCAGCGGGUCGUGAGCUCGCGCUUUUAGCUGUGAGGUAAUUGAGGUAGUUAGAGUUAUAGAGUCAGAGAGACACCAUGGCUGAGGACUCGCCGUUCACUAAUGAUUACGAAGGUCCAUGUCCUUUAUGUGAGGAGGAAAGCGAGAGGCCUUAUCUGGGGCCCAGAGUCAGUGAAAGAGUUGAAGUGGAUCUGAAAGGAGAGCAGAAUGAAGGUGACUGGACUGAAAGAGGUGGAAUUAUAGGUAAAGAAAAAGCAGAAGAAAAUUAUUAUAAAAAAGAAAAUGAAGAAAUAAUAGAAGAAAAUCAAACUGAUGAUGACCUUAAGCAUGGAGAGGGUGAGAAUGUGGAGACAGAUGAAGAUGAUAAUAAAUCAAAAGAAAGCCCAAAUAAUAUUGGAAAAGGGAGCAACUUAAGCCCGACCCUGACUGAGAAGAGCACAAUGCAGCUGGACUCUGGCUGUCCUGUGAACCUGGUGAUGGUGUGUGAGGAGUCUGUGGAGAGGUCUGUGAGCGAGGAGCUUAUGUUAUGUCCCUCCAAGUCCCUAACUCUCCCUGACAUCCCCUCACUGUCCCCACCUCCCUCAAACGACCCUCUGCCUCUCACUGUAGCACCAUCCAAUCCCCACCUCCUGCCCUUUCAAACCCAGCCAAUGGUUCAGACCCAAGCGCCAGCCCAAAUGCCUGGACCAGAAGGCCAGUGUCUGGGGAGCCAACCAUAUGGGGAGCCCAAAGCACACAUUGCUCCUCCAGGGCAGCUGGAGGUAACACUGAGGCAGGUGUACACCACACGCCGCUACACGCGCUUCACCAGCAGGCCUACACCAGUACUGCCACUGGCAACGGUCCGCCCAGAUGCCAUCUCACAGCCUUUAUCUUACAUCACCAACACCUCCAUACUGCACCCUGCACCCAAGAAGAAAACACGCACCUCCUACAGUACAGAUCAGCUGGAUGAGUUGGAGAGGGUGUUUCAGGAUGAUCAUUACCCAGAUGCAGAAAAGCAGAAAGAGAUAGCAGUAUCAGUUGGUGUUACACCCCAGAGGAUCAAGGUAUGGUUUCAGAAUCGUCGAGCUAAGUGGCGCAAAAGUUCUAAGACUACAGUAAGGAAGCCUCCGGUGAACCGAGCUCCAGUUCCUGCUCCGACUCGGCCGCCUGCACCAGCCAACAGACCUCCUGUUUUCACAGCUCCAACGAUUGCACCUGUACCUUCACAAACUACAAGCACACUUCCUUCUUACAGUGCUCUUCUUAACAGCUGCACAAGUCCACCAGAUUCAGGCUGUGUGGAUGCAGGCAAUGUCUGUGUCUCUCAGGGAAGCUCAUUAGACUACAAGCUCCCCAUCAUGCAGAGCCCCCCUCCUCUCCGACGUGCUUCUCUCCCCUUCUUUGCUGCAUAUAACCCCCCAACUCACACCCUAUCUGUACUGCUGGACACACCAGAGCACAGUGAGCCUCAGCCUCUCAGUCUACACACAGACACUGGGUUUGACUACAGUGGUUUGGGCUCUUCAGCUAAACUUGAGUCUUUGACGUCUGGUCCUGGGAACAGCGCUCAGCCAUAUCAGAUCAGCACGUACCCCCAACAGCCUGCCACCUUAUUUGCCCAGCAACACAACACUUUUCUGGCACAGCAGAGUAAUAAUAUAAUCUCACAGCAGCCCAGCACACUGCUACCACAGUACUCUCGACUGUCUUACCUCACUCCCUCUCCUUACCUCACCCCCAACCCCACUGAGGGGACCACUUCAUCCUGCCUGCCCCUGAACCCGGGGACCACGAGCGGCCUGCUGGCCUGCACUAACGGGGGCCACACCUACCUACAGUGCCAAAACGGCAACCAGAUUCUACUGCAGCCUGGAGUACAGACAUUGCAGGCCUACCCAUGGACCAGUGAGGUGUAUGGUCAUUCGGCCCAUAUCCCUCAUGCAGUCCUGAGGCCCCAGUUCACCUCCCAGAGCUGUGAAAGCCACUAUCCUACACUGCUCCCACCCCAACGUUACAUAACCCCCCAGAGAGCAUCGUGCCCCAGCCUGUCCAAACUUGCUGCCCCAGACCCCCUCAUGCCAAGUGUCAAGAUAGAGCUAGAAGAAGCAGGACCGAGCCAGACGACCAGAGUCAGCGAGGCUGAGCCCGUGUUCCACUGUGAUUUCUCACCCAUUCACUUCUAACCUGAAAAGGGCCAUCAGCAUGAAGAGUGAAGCUCUCGAGUCUGCAGUCUGUGUGUGUAUUUUUUGUGUGUUUCUGUGCUACUUUGGCUUUUUUCAUUGUUGACUGCAGGCUUUAAUAAAUGCCCUUUGAUCUCUG